AUGAUUGGUCUCAAGGGCACAAUGAACGUCAUCGACAAUUCCGGCGCCAUCGUCGCUGAAUGUAUCCGCGUCAUGAGUGGAGCACGAUUUGCACGAGCUGGCGACGAGAUUGUAUGUGUUGUCAAGCGAGCACGACCUAUCAACCCAAACCUCGGUGGUCAAGCUGCUGCACAAAAGGUCAAGAAGGGUGACGUUCGACAUGCCCUGGUUGUUCGUACGAAAAAGGAGAUGGCACGACCUGACGGACGAUAUAUUCGAUUUGACGACAAUGCUUGCAUCCUUCUCAACAACAAGAAAGAGCCUCUUGGUACCCGUGUGCUUGGUGUCGUUGCUGCAGAAUUGAAGCAAAAGAACUGGAUGAAGGCUGUAUCACUUGCUCCAAGAAUCAUUUAA